AUGUCGCGGUACAGGUCCUCAGGCGACGACCUAGCGUACGGGGAGAUCCCACAGCGGUGGGAUCGCGAGCGCUUCGAGCGAUUCAGUCGAGGUCCUCCACCACCGCCGGCAAGAGGAUAUGAGGAGGACAUUCGUUUCACGGAGCGUGAGCGACCAGGUCGCCGGGAGAUCGAUAUCGCAAUAGCAGAUCGAGAGCCAAGCCGUGGACCACGACCUUGGGAGCGUGAGCGGUACUUUGAGGAGGACCGAGCUCGUUCGAGGCCGCGACGACGGACAGACCGCGAGCUGUUUGGCGACAUGGACCCUCGUGAGGUAGCAGAGAUGGCCCUCACACCUUACCGACCAAGGGACGAUUUCGAGCACGGCCGCCCACCUCCACGCCCUGGACUUGUGCGACGUCAAAGUAGUUUGGACACGUUUGACAGAAAGCCAGCCCGCUACGAGAGGGAGGAGUACCGCAUUCCAGCUUAUCAGCCAGUACCUCUGCCGAUCCGUCGAUCCCGGGAUGCAUGGGAGGAAGAGCGGUACAGAGACGAGCCAGAGGACUAUCGUGAGGUAGAGAUUCACCGCGAGCGUUCUGUUCACCGCCGCCGGCCUCCAAAGAGCGAGCGCUCAGUCAAGGAUGAGAAGAAGGAGACUCACUACCAUCAUUCCCACCACUCAGAUGAGACCAGCUCAAGCAGCAGUUCAAGCUUCACAGAAAUUGACGAAGUCAAGAGUGUCAAGAGUAGAGCACCAAGCAAGGCAGCGAGUAAAGCACCCAGCAAAGCUCCAUCCAAGGCGACCAGCAGAGCUCCGACCAAGGUCUCAAGCAGAAGAAGCCGGGCUCCAAGCGUGUAUGAAAGCAUACAUGAGACAGAGAUCGAGGAAGACAUCAUUGAAGCCCCACCACCGCCGCAAAGUGUACACGAGACGAGUAUACAUGAGACAGCGUUCGAGGAGAGUGUGCGUGAGGAGCGCAGGUUCAAGAAGGGCAAGACACGAAUGCCGAAGCGACUUGUAAGACGGGAGGCGAUCAUGGAUCUUGGUUACCCAUUCGACGAAGAGGAUGACUUCUUUGUGCUGCGAAUCGCACUGGAGAAGGAGCAAAUCGAUGAAGUGAUUCACAUCUCUGAGACCUACAAAGAUGGUGAGAAGAAGAAAGUCUACCAUUUCGAAGAGAAGAUUGAAGAGACCACCGGUGUCCCUCCACCUCCAGUCGGCGAACACGAACACGUCGAGCGUACCGAGUGGAUCAACCCUCCCAGCAUUGCCUACGCACGAUCGCAUCGCGCAAAAUCAGUCAGGGAAUCAUCACCGACCAUGACAAGCAUCAGUCGCCGAUCUCCACCACGAUCGAAGUCACGAGGAGGUACCGUCUACGAGGAACGCAAGACCGUCAUCGAAGAAACUCGCUCGCCACCUCCACCUCCACCACCAGGCCCACCCGAGUUCUACGAAGAACGAAAGACGGUCAUAGAAGAGCGCGCACCAAGCCACAACCAUGGCACUCUCGUCCUUUCCGAGCACAGCCACCGCAGCGACCGCGACAUCAAUGGCGAGAUCCGAGCACUUGAAGCCGAACGCCGCGCCCUACGCCUGGAGCGCGAAGCAGAAGAAAGACGCGACAUGGCCCUGCGACUACGAGCACAUCCAGAGGAAGAAUACCAACUCGUGGAAUACCGAGAUCGCAGCAGGCCACGGGAAGAGAUGGUCGUGUACGAGCGCGAGCGUAGUCCGCCACGUAACGUUAUACGAGUUGAGAAAGAUCGGAAAGGUAGGAUGGCUCUGGUGCGGUCUACACACUAA